AUGGCCAAACACAUAUCAAAGAAGAAGAAGAAAAGUAAGGUGAUCAUUUCCUCUGAGUCUACUGCUGAUGAAAAUGAAACAAUUCCAGAAACACCAGAAGCCGAUCUUCAGAAAUCAGCAUCUGAGGAGUCACGAACUUCUGACAUCUUUGUAAACGUAUCUCAUACGGAUGCAAAUGUCACAAUGGGUGAGGAUGCUUCGCAUACAACAGUCCAAGGUAAAAUUUCGGAUGUUACUCCAGAUAUUAUUGUUUCUUUACCUCCACAACUCACACCUAUCACUCCUACUACAUCCACAAAUGAUUCUCAUACAUUUGCAAACAUAAUCAAACAAUCAAUUAUAUCUCUUUUUUCUUCACAAUCCACUGAUCCACCUACUACAACUUCACCAAUCCAAGAUUCUUCUUUUAUGGAAACUGAACACGAGUCCGAAGGGACCAGUCUAGAAGUAGAUGGUCUGUUAAAGAUGCUUGAAGGGAGGAUUUCUUCAAAGGUUUCUGGAAUGAUAAAGGAUUCCGAGUCUCGUCUCCUGGAGAAAAUUGAUCUUUGUGAUCAUAGUAAUGAGAUGAGGGUCAAUGCUCAGAAAUCUACUUUUGAAGGUGAUAUGAAAGAAUUAAAAUUGGUGACAAAGGAGAGACAUGUUUUAUUUGUUCAAGAUGUGAAGAAAGUCAGAGAAGAUGUGAAUUAG